AUGCCUUCCCAAAAUAUGUCAUCUUCCGCCAUGGCAAGACCAGCCACCAAACGAUCCUCUGCCUCUUCAAGCAGAGCCUCGGUACAAGAUGCGGACAGACAGCACAAACGAUCUCGCGAUGGCUGUUACACAUGCCGUUUGCGACGAAAGAAAUGCGACGAAGGUCACCCCUCGUGCCGCGCUUGUAUCCAUCUCGGAGUUAAAUGCCAGUAUACAAAACCCUCAUGGUGGUCAAAUAUAGAACAGCGCAAAGUACAAAAAGAGCGACUGAAGAAUAAAAUCAAACAAACAAAAUUGAACGAGAAGAAUAACUCCAUUCCAGGUCAGCGCAACCGUCCACUUCCCCUACCACUUUCAUCGCCCUAUUCACCCGUACACGAUUUCAAUCGACCAUUCUUCCCUGGAACCCCCCUCGAUCCCUUCGGAUCCCAGCUCCCUACCCCGGCUUUGGCUCCUACACAAUUUGGUCAACUGGGCCCAUAUGAGGUCGACGUCAGAACCGAGCGCCAACUAUAUGUGAACGAUGUUCCAACUCGAAUCGACACUUCAUUCUCGACCUUCAACACAUUUAUGCCGCCGCAAAUGCAUGCGACACUUCCACACAUGCCCAAUGACGAGUGGCUUCCCCCAGUUGGUCAAGCUCCAGUCCAAUUUCCAUACCAUGGCAUGGGCCCGAUGCCUUUUGUCCCGGAAGGCCAGUCCUUUUCUCAAAUGCAGUUAUCUAUUCCAGUCUUGGAUGCAGACCGACCUUUGCUCAACCAUUUCGUGGAAAAGGUCUUGCGCCUCAUUUUCCCGAUACUCGAGGUCCACCAAAAAGGCCACGAACGCGCGCAAUCCAUCCUGCAAUCUCUAGAAACCAACAAGUCAUAUCUUCACUGCUGCCUGAGUGUUGCUGCGAUCCACGUGAAAAGUACAGUGGGCGUUAUUAACGAAGAAGUCGAUCAUGAUAUUAUGAGACAUCGAUAUGAGGCGGUCGCACAACUUUGUCAGUCUCUCAAUGAGGACUCACAGCACGAACAGAUUCUCGAGGCUACGCUUGCUAUGAUCCUGUUCCAUUGUUCCGUUGGGGGACCGGAUGAUCACCUACCUGACAUUGCUUGGAACGACCAUUUCCAUGCUGCCACUAGUCUGAUCAACAAGUUGGAAUUGCCAAAUGCCUUGGUUCAGAGCAACAACAACACAGUACAGCCCCCCUUCAACAUGACAUUGGCUUCUUGGAUCGAUAUCUUGGGGGCAACAAUGAUUGGUAAAUCUCCACAAUUUGCUCACACUUACCGCACCAAGCACUUGAGCGGAACCUCCUCCGGCCUCCGAGAGUUGAUGGGUUGCGACGACCGUGUAAUGUACCUGAUUUCGGAGAUUGCUUGCCUUGAUGCACUGAAGACAGAAGGCCUUGUUGAUGACCUUUCCCUAUGCUCACAUGUGUCAGCACUCGGCCAGCAACUUGACGCUACCGACUAUGUCGACAAGUCACUUGAGCACCCCUACUCGGCUCUUAGUGGAGGUAUCCGACCAGACCAACUUACCAAGAACAUGACCGCCAUCUUCCGUCUUGCUGCCCGAAUCUACCUGUGCAGCCUCGUUCCUGGAUUCGACCGCAAUCAGGCUAGUAACGUCAAUCUCGUCGAUGCUGUCAGAUAUUCAUUACAAUUUAUUCCCAGUGGCCCGGAUGGCUAUGAUCGAUCUCUUGUAUGGCCUUUGCUCAUCACCGGUGCCUUUUCUACCCCCUUCAGCCCCUUCAGACAUACACUACAAAGCCGGAUAAUGGAAAUGGGAGACCAAGCCGAAUUUGGUAGUUUUGGCCGCAUGUAUCGGGUGCUGGAGGAAGUGUGGCGAUUGUCCGAUGAUCCAGUCACACCAAUUCCAGGUCUCGACGGUACAUUGCCAUCACCCACAUUCCCAACUUCUGGAAACGAUCUCCCCGUGUCUCCAACCGGAAGUGUCUCGGGUAUGAGAGAGCUUAAGAAACGCGACGUGCACUGGCGGGAUGUGAUGACGCGAAACGGGUGGAAAUAUCUCCUGAUCUGAUUCGUCCCAAGGGCUUGAAUAUGUUGGAAUUUCAAAUCUGGAGACAUAGAGCGAUCUCCUGCGGUGAACCCUAUCUCAUGCGGUACCACCUCAGUAAUCCAUCAGAAUGAAUCCCCAAUGGAUCGGACAUCUAUGCGGAAUCCUUACCUAGAAUCAUUUACGCUCCAUACAUAUCUACCUAACAAGUGGGUGUUUCCCACAGUUCUUGCCGGUUCAAGAAUCGAAAAGAGAAACGCAUGAAGAUCAGAGUACUUCAUGUUCGGGUUCCGAUAAUCCUGUAUAUGCGCAAUAACGCUAAUGUCCAAUUUUGUAUUCUUGAUAAAUGCGGGGCAUUCUGUUAUUGAUUAUUGUCUGUUUGGCUGGAUUUCAUCGACCUAUCAGAAGUUUCUCGUGAUACCCCUAUCUUUUGACCUCUUUCGUUUCGUUGCCUUCAUGUUUCUUCCUAAAAGAGUUGGGUUUUUGCUUUAAAUGCAGGGCGGGCGGCGUUGUUGUGUGCUCUAUUUAUGGUUGGGUCAAUGUGGAUAAUUUCUUUAAUGCAGAUAAUGGCUAGUUAUGGUUAUAGAAUACAGCAUGUAUGUAAUUAUAACUUUGAUCAUUGAUU